AUGAACGAAACGUUUUUCAGUCAAAAUGAAAACGAAUUGACCAGUGAAUACCACAUUCCCGAGAAAGAAGUUGGCCCACCAACCGCGAACGACGCACAGGCAUUGCAUAAUGUAGCAAGCAAGGGUGAAAAUGAGGAGAAUGAGAACCGUGGUGAGAACCACGGUGAGAACCGCGGUGAUGAGAACGAUGACGAAGAAAACUACGACAUUUUAAACAUGCUAAAUGAAAUCAAAAAGGACUUCCUAUCCGAAAACGAAAAGCUGCAGCAACAGAGCAGCCAAAAUGUGCACAUCGCAGAGGAGGUGGAUGGCGACAAAACGGAGGAAAACCAAAACAAACUACUCAAGGAAGAAUCACAAGUAGAAGAGAAACCUUUGGAAAAGCAGCUAAACUCUAGCAAUGCUCAAGUGAGCAGCCCAGGUGCUGCACCAAAUGAGCAGAGUCAGGAAAAUGUGAGCACUAAAAAGGGAACAGGAACAUCAUAUAAAAAAACAAAAAAUAUUCCAGGUGAUGCAAAAAGAAGUACCUCAUUUUUAAGCAAAGAAACCCCCAAAAAAAGGAAGAUAAAAAGUGGACCCAAUCCAGAGUACGCUGGGUUGGCAAUGUAUCCGUUCAAUCCCAUUCACCCCGCACAUGCAGCUAAUCUGGCCACAGUUAGCAAAACGAACGACCCCCUUAUAGAUGAUGAAAUUGCAUACCUAACAAAUUAUGAAUUUGUAACACAGAAUUACCUCAAGGGGAUUGCAAAAAAGAAUCCGACAGUAAAAAGCGAUAACAUUAACAUAGACAUUUUGUACUCAAGUAGGAGUGAAAAGUCGAUGGAUGAAAGUGAAAGAGAAGCAGAAGCCGAAGCAGAUAGCUCCAUAGACUCAAUUAAAGAGUUGUAUGAAAAUAUUUGCCAAUCUGAUGCACCCCUCGAUUUUUAUAAAAAUUCCUUAAGUGCUAAAAAGGAGGUCAAGGAUGUACAACCACAAUAUUUUCUCAACACACAAAAUAGCGUAACGGACGAAAUUCAAAUUUUGAAUAGAUACAUAAAAGACAUGACAGAAGGUCAACAGAAAAAUUCUUCCUCCAUUGAUGUAGAUAGCAAAUUGGUUAAUAUUCUUUCCCUCUCGUUUUUAACCUUUAUUGACCAUGUAAUUUAUGAUUCCCACAUUUAUGCUUUGAAGAGUGAAUUUACACAAGGGGGAGAAGCGGACCAGGCAAAAAAAAGCACCAGUCAUGGGGUUCCUACCACAAAUGGGAACUCUGAAAAAGAGUGCCUAAAUGAAGAAGCAUUACGAGAAAGGACUGAAAAAAUCAACAUCGUUGGGAGAAGCUCCCCCAAUAGUGCUAACAUCCAAAAUGAUCCUGGUAAAGAUAACACACAAAUGUGUCCCCAACAAGAGAAAUCGUUUAACGUGAAUAACUCACAAGAUGAUCAAAGCAAAGAUCCGCCUUCUACUGUUGACCUGUUAGAUAAUCCUGAUCAAGCUGCCAGAAAGGAGGCUACCCAAAAUGGUGGCGUAAAUGCCCCACAAUGUAGCGAUACAGUAGGCACCCAAAUUAUUUACACCCCGGACGUAAUCAACCUAUGCUUACACAAUUUGUAUAACCAGGAACUGGUAACCAAAAUUAUGAACCAGAAAAUGAAGGAAGGCGAUACCAGCGGCGCACGCGCACACAACUUGAAGGAGAGCGACCCUAAUACUAGCAAAUUCAUUCAUACCCAUAGUACCCCAGCUACGGCACAGCCGGGCAAAUCGGAAAAAACAAAUUUAAAAGAACAUGUGAACCAGAUGGACUCCAAAAGUGGAGUACACCUCAAAAGCAAGAACUCUCUGCAAACGAACAUAAACCACAAAUUAAAUAAGCGACAAAUUAUAAUCAACAAAAUAAAUGAAAAGAUUAAAAAAAAAAGUGCCCAUAGUUUGCACAGUUCUGUAAACACUAAGAAGUAUUCACUGGAUGAUUUGUUUGAGCUUUAA